CCAGAUUGUGGUCAAUAACACACUUGAUUGGUUGUUCACUGAAAACUGUGUGUGACAUCACUACGUUUGUGUGUGACCCAUGGGCGGUCCACUGAGGCUGGCUACUUUAGGAGCGAGUCCUGCACCCGGCGAGGGCAGAAAGCUGGAUAACGUUGGCCGCAAAUAGACACGCAGGGAACACAAGUGAAGACGCUGCGGUUUUUGGAAAUCAAGACAAACAAAUGUCCUGCCGGAUCAUUCAACUACCAUCCUGCUUGUAGCGACCACACAGAAAAAGGUGUUGGGCGGGUCUACAAAACACCACCCAAAUCUUGAAAUUCCAUCCUCAACUCCACUUCCAUAAAAAUCUGCUGCCUCCUCGCCAGCGUCUGCAUCCCGACAGCCAUGGACCGCUCUGCUCAGGAACUCUUUCUCAACUUCAUGAUCGUCUUAAUCACUGUUCUGCUGAUGUGGCUGCUGGUUAAAACAUAUCAGGACUAAAAUAUUCCCUUCCACAUAGCUUGUGGAUGAGGAGAUGGGGGAUAUUCUACGGAGCCUGCAUGGUUUCUGCUGCUAUUUAAUGUCCAGAUGCCAGUGCUCUGGAAACCCUGUGAUUUUGAUGCAGUUACGGUAUCAGAGGUUCCAGGAUUAUUAUGUGCCUUUCAGUGCUUCUUUUGCACGAGGCCUUGCUCUGGUAUGAGAGCAACAAAGGGGAGUCCCACAAAAGAGGGGUGGGUAAACAAAACGUCAGGAAUCGAACCAGCUUUUUUAGGUAUUUCUAAACAUUGUAAUGUCAUCAAUAAGAAUAUGAUGCUUAACACACUUGUUCACUCUGUAAGAUACACCAUUGACCUUUGAAGUGAUUUGGGUGUCAAAGUGGAAAGGAAAUGUUUAUGCUGACAAUAAAGUCACAAUUUGGUUGAUUUGGCUUUCUGUUU